UGACGCCAUCAAAGCGCGACACUGGCAUGUAGGCCGCGCGGUUAUGCGGCUGUAUGGUGACUGGUGGCUGGGGCGUCUUGUAUUGUGGUGCUUUGACCCCCGAGUCCUCAGCUUUGCCAGGACCUGGGGUAGCUGUAGGGACCGGAUGGCAGGAACACUGUCUACGGGAGUCGCAGCAGCAGGCGAACUGAUGGCUCGGGCUCAACAAAACGGCGACUGUGGUAGCGACGUGGGGGGCGAGUCGCUCCAGGAGCCCCCGGGGCCAGCGGACUCUGUGGCCGAGGCGACGCCUGAGAGCGGGAGCCAGGCGUCAGCUCCAGCCACCGACCCAGGCAAGCGGAAGAAGCGACGGGGCGCAACUGGGGAGCGCGUAGUGCCUCCCCCGAAGAAGCGGCGAACUGGGGUCAGCUUUGGCGACGAACACUUCGCCGAGACCAGUUACUACUUCGAGGGCGGCCUACGCAAGGUGCGACCCUAUUACUUCGACUUUCGGACCUACUGCAAAGGCCGCUGGGUGGGCCACAGCUUGCUGCACGUCUUCAGCAGUGAGUUCCGAGCCCAGCCGCUGGCCUACUACGAAGCUGCAGUCCGGGCGGGCCGCCUGCACCUCAACGAGGAACCAGUGCACGACCUCAGCGUCGUGCUUAAGGACAAUGACUUCUUGAGGAACACGGUGCACAGGCAUGAACCACCAGUCACAGCGGAGCCUAUUCGCCUGCUAGCUGAGAAUGAAGAUGUGGUAGUUGUGGACAAGCCUUCCUCUAUUCCUGUCCACCCCUGUGGUCGCUUCCGACACAACACAGUCAUCUUCAUCCUGGGCAAGGAGCACCAACUGAAGGAGCUACACCCAUUGCAUCGGCUUGACCGCUUAACCUCUGGGGUACUCAUGUUUGCCAAGACAGCUGCUGUCUCUGAGAGGAUUCAUGAGCAAGUUCGGGACCGGCAGCUGGAGAAGGAGUACGUGUGCCGAGUAGAAGGGGAGUUCCCCGCCAAGGAGGUGACCUGCAAGGAACCCAUCCUAGUAGUGUCUUACAAGGUUGGAGUAUGCCGUGUGGAUCCCCGGGGCAAGCCUUGUGAGACCGUGUUUCAGAGACUGAGCUACAAUGGCCACUCCAGUGUAGUAAAGUGCCGUCCACUCACAGGCCGAACCCAUCAGAUCCGAGUCCACCUGCAAUUUCUGGGCCACCCUAUUCUCAAUGACCCUAUCUACAAUUCAGUUGCCUGGGGCCCUUCCCGAGGCCGAGGUGGCCACAUUCCCAAGACAGAUGAGGAGUUGCUCCGGGACCUGGUAGCAGAGCACCAGGCCAAACAGAGCCUGGAUGUGCUUUAUCUCUGUGAGAGUGACCUGUCCCCAGGACUUCCAGACUCUACAGCUGCCUCCUCAGAGUUGACCAAGAAUAGCAUGGAAGAGUUGACUACAGGUGUUCAGAAGAUGGAUGGAAUAGUUGCAGCAGGGCCUCAGGAUCUGGACAUGACAGCCUUAGUGUCAGAGAAGGCAUCUGAAACAGAUGUUACCAAUCAAGAGACAGACCCACUCUGUACAGAGUGCCGCCUGGUGCGACAAGAUCCCUUGCCCCAGGACCUUGUGAUGUUCCUGCAUGCCUUCUGCUAUAAAGGGCCAGACUUUGAGUAUGUUUCACCCAUGCCUGCCUGGGCACAGGAUGACUGGCAAGGGGACUGAGGGCUGUGGCUGAUGGGAUUGCUCCUUGGUUUGUAGAACAGGGGUGAGGCAAAGAUUUCCCCAUGGCCAGAUUCUCAGGGUUUCUCCAGGAGUGAGAUUUGUUCAUACUUGCUACCUCCUCCUUUCUCUCUCCAGCUAGAGUCAGGAUUAUUUUUGCUUUGUAAAUAUAUCCCUUUUUCUAACA